GGAAGGGGCAGGGGGCGGGGCCUGGGCGCGGCGGACGCGGCGCGUGCUCAAGGCGAUGGGGGAUGGAGCGGGAGGAAGAGGAGGAGGAGGAGGAGGAGGAAGGAGCCGGGGCUGAGGAGGAGGAAGGAGCCGGGGCUGAGGAAGAGGAAGGAGCCGGGGCUGCGGCUGAGGAAGGAGCCGGGGCUGCGGCGGACGAAGCCGCUGUCGCUGCCGGUGCUGGUGAAGCCGACGAGGAUGAGGAUGAGGAUGAGGACGAGGAUGAGGAUGAGGACGGCGAGGCCGAAGGCGUGGCGGCGCGGUUCCUGGCGCUGCAGCGCGCUCUGUCCGAGCGGCUGCGGGCGCUGCCGCCGCCGGGCCCGCCGGUGGCCGUGGUGUACGCGCCGCUCGAGUACGCGUGGGAGCCGCACCGGAGCUUCGUGCGCCGCUUCCUGCGCGGGCCCAAGGCCGUGCUGUUCGUGGGCAUGAACCCCGGCCCGUUCGGCAUGGCACAGACCGGGGUGCCGUUCGGCGAGGCGUGGCACGUGCGGGAGUGGCUGCGGGUGUCGGGCGCGGUGCGGCGGCCGCCCCGGGAGCACCCCAAGCGCCCGGUGCUGGGGCUGCGCUGCCCGCGGGCCGAGGUCAGCGGCGCCCGCUUCUGGGGGCUCGUCCGCAGCCUGUGCCCCGACCCCCGCGCCUUCUUCCGCCACUGCUUCGUGCACAACCUCUGCCCGCUCCUCUUCCUCGCCGCCUCGGGCCGCAACGUGCCCCCGCCCGAGCUGCGGGCGGCCGAGCGGGAGCGGCUGCUGGCGCCGUGCGGGGCCGCGCUCGCCGCCGCCGUGCGGGCGCUGGGCGUGCGGCUCGUGGUGGCGCUGGGCCGCGUGGCCGAGCUGCGGGCCCGCCGGGCGCUGCGGGACGCGGGGCUGGCCGUGCCCGUGGCCUGGAUCCCGCACCCGUCCCCCCGCAACCCCCGCGCCAACCGCGGCUGGGAGGGGGAGGCGCGGGCGCGGCUGCGGGAGCUGGGGGUGCUGCGGCUGCUGGGGGUGCGGGACGGGGGCGGCGCGGGGCUGGGGAGCUGGGGCGCGUUUAAAACCCCAUCGAUCUUGCUGCGAUGGUGCCGUAACCUGGCAGCAAUCGCCGCGUCCCGGCCGGAAAAUCCCCCCGGCGGCGACUGA